GGCCGCAAUCCGACCGGCAUGUGCGUUAGCAGGUCUCUCUAUUGCGCUCAGCGCGUAGGCCAUCGCUCCUCUUCUUUCGCUCCGACCACGAUGCAGACGGCUGGAUAUCGUCCAUCGCCAAUGCAUACAGCGUCUCCGACACCGACAGGUGACCCUGUCCGCGCUUCUGUGGCGCACCUGCUUGCCCGUGCACACGGCAUUCCGUGUUCAGCUGCCGCACAGGCAUUUGCCCAGCUGGUGCAACCUGCAGCACGCUUUGGCAUCGCACUAGAUGUGCUGUUGCCUCUCUUAUCUGGUCAAGCCGAGACAACACGCCGUAUACUGGCUGCAUACAUUUUGUACUACAUGUAUGCGACCCAUCCGAUAGCGAUAAAUCCGUUUCGGAGUGCGUUUGCGGAAGUAUUUGUUCGCGAGCGAGAUGUGUCGCGUGCUGAGACUGAGCGCGGUGGCGUUAGUGAGAAUGAGCAGCUCGUCUGGGUCCUCUGGAAGAUCCUAAAGGGAGAUGGAAACGACCUUGGACCGUAUUCGCCUGCAACCUUGGCACAGUCGCCUCUUCCUCCUAAGCUCCGUGCCGCUCAACUUACUAUUGACGAUGCGCUUACCUUAGACGAUGAUGAAGCGCCAGGACAAGUUUCAGGUGAUAAGCGUACGCUAAUACAGUCUGGGACAGCAGGUGCUUCUCCAGCACCUUCUGCAGCACGUACUCCAAUUGAGGGUGCGAAUGAAAUACGGGCAUCUCCUUUGCCACCAGGUGAUGACUCUAAAUUUGAGUUUUUGGAACAUGGAAUGCGCCUCCUGCUUGCCGCAUGUCAGCGGGUCUUGACAUUGUCAGAGCAAAGAGUAGUCGUGCUUACCCUACCGCACUUCGCACCGCAUACACUCGUUCCAUUACAUUCUCUGCCACCGCUUCUUGCUCUCAACCCGGCACUAGGGCAUCCCCUCAUCGUCGCCCUUCUUAAUACUUCACGGGAUUCUCCGUCCGGCUCUUCGUUCACACGUGCCGAUGUAUUCGAUAUCCUUCGUCAAUUGCCACCCACGUUACCCUCCUUUGACAUUCUAGGCCGUCUGCUACGCGAUCCGACAAUCGUUCCUAUCGCCGAUAAUCUCGACGAUAGCAGAGAAGACAGGCAGCAGAUCAACGGCAUCCCAACAACGACUAUUGCCGACCUAACGCGCACGGAAGUCCUUGGGUCGUUUGUUCUUAAUGCAAUAGCUUGGGUCGAACGGUCGGAGUUGGAGGCAAGGGAAGGUCUGAUCAGCGACGAUCGCGCUGCGAAAGGCGUUCAGAAUUUGUGCCGGUUCUAUAACUCGCUGAUCAAGCUCGGUCUCAUCGAUCCGAGCUCGGACGUUGAGUCGGCGGAGAUGGCUCACUUUGCGCUCGCACAUGCCAACUAUGAAGAUGCCAAUGCGCUUUAUCGUGUCCUCGUUAUGGGGAAAUUCUAACCCUUCUUCGGAAACGAAAACUCAUUUUUCUUCUUGGUUUCUUCGCGACACCAGAAAACGAACCAGGCCAAAUCGAAUACUUCAAAUCAAACCAACUCUCGGAAAAGGAAAAUAAUAAUUAAUAUGCGAACAUUUUUUGGAUUGCGCAUGGCUUGAUAAUUCUCUCUUCUCCUUCACCUCGGAAUCGCGCAAUUGAAAAAUGGUAUUACUUUAGAUGGGUUUUCGUAUUGCUUUUCUGUCACUCUUUUUUUCUGAUUAAUUGGCUCCCUGCCUCUCGGGUCUAUCUGUCCUUUACCGCGGUUCGCUCUUGUCGAUUCUUACCCCAUGUUUGCAAAUGCAUCACUCCUACCUCUAUCAUGCCUCCCGUCCUGUCUUUUUUUACCUCAGUGUCACCUGGCAGCUCCUGUCUUUUUAUUAGAUAUUUGUAGUAUUUUCUCUCUCUUUGAUAUGGUGGAUUAUUACGACUUGUAUGCACAUAGGGUGUUUGAUAC